CAGGAGGGACAUGACAUCUGGUAAUUUGGGCGACCGCAGCAGCCCAAUGCACUGCACCUCAUCUCUUUCUCUCGCCCGACACCCUAGUCCUCAAUACCUACCACAUAGCGCUAACGAUGGCUGCACUUGCAAAUGAUUACGACUAUAUUUUCAAGGUUGUCAUUAUUGGAGACUCUGGAGUGGGAAAAUCGAAUCGUGAGUCCGAGCCAUUAUCUAGCCCGUUGGACGCAUGUGCAACCAACGCAGUCCUCUCCCGCUUUGCGCGCGACGUAUUCGCCUACGACUCGAAAUCCACCAUCGGCGUCGACUUCACGACGCACGCCAUGCUCAUCCCGCCGCACAGAGUGGCGACCCAGCUGUGGGACACCGCGGGGCAGGAGAAGUACCGCGUCAUCACGGCCGUGUACUUCCGUGCCGCGGCCGGCGCGCUGCUCGUCUACGACAUCACGAGCCGCGCGUCAUUUUCCGCGGUCGAGCGGUGGCUCGGCGAGGUGCGCGACUAUGCGGACGCCGGCGCGGUGGUCAUGCUGGUUGGGAACAAGACCGAUCUGGCGCAUCUCAGGGCCGUUUCGACAGAGGAGGGGCGGAUGUUCGCAGAAAAACACAGCCUACUGUUUCUCGAGACGUCAGCCCUGGAUGCUUCUAACGUCGAGAGCGCGUUCAAGAUGGUUAUCACAGGUGCAGCCUUGAUUUAUCUUAAGAGCUGUGAUGUGCAGUCUGAUCUGCGAAUAGAGAUACACAGCAUUGCUGCCUCGAAAUCGUUGGAACAGGCAGAUGACGAUGGGACACGACCUGGCAGGGGCACCGUCGUGGAUCCAACUCGGGACCAGAGGCUAGUGACAAAAAGCCGAUGCUGCUAG